AUGGCAGACCCCAUUCCACCGCAGUUCCGAGACAAUGUGAAAUGGCUGUGGAUCCAAGAAGCCACCGUAGAGAUCUACAAUCCGGGCACAUCCACAGUUAGAAAUUCUUGGUCACUUUCUGAUCUACAGGAUUGCAGAUACCGCGAUGAUCUGUGGUUACGGGCCGACUCUAUCGACUAUUGGACCUUGAUGGGUCUCCUGGACACGCAUGCUGACACCAUCCCGUGGGAUUCGGACUUGCAUGAACUCUGGUGGAGUCCCGUCAAGCCCGAUCCUGAAAAUGGAUAUCUUGCUCAGAGACAACCUUAUGAGGAGGAGAUCACGGAGGAUAGCUUUGCUCUGACCAUGGUCCAUGCUAUCGAUUACUUCUGUGGCUAUCGUCCCCAGCCUGGUGGGCAAGCCUUCAACGACGAUAUCUUCAUCUACUGCAUUGUUCGCCCUCGAGAGACAGCGCAGCGUUGA